UUAACGGGACACAACUAGCUGCUGGUUUUAAUGAUGGUACUGUCGUCGUAUGGAGUUACCCAGAGUGUGAAAUCAUCUUUCAAAGGAAACUUCCGGGUCAUAUCAAAAUCAUAUCAGAGGCACCAUUGAUUUUCGAAGAAAUAAAUUGGAAUCCAACCAGGCCCAACUUAUUUGCUGCUCAUUAUGAGCGGCGAAAUCAAGUUUCCGUAUAUGAUUCAUCCAUUGGCGAAGUGAUCACCCCAAUUGACGUAAAAUUCGUUUCGGCUGUGAAGUGGAUCUCUGAAAAUCGAAUCGCCGUCUCUUCUUCGAAUGGAACGAUCAAAAUUUUUGAAAUGGAGGAAAACAAUUUGACAACAACUCGACUCGUGAAAGAAUUCACACAUGGAGAAUAUUGUGAUUAUCUGGAGUGGAAUGAAAGGACCCAAUAUUUGGCCAGUGGUAGUGAUCAGGGGAUCAAUAUUUGGUCUAUGGACCACGACAGGCCAAUUUUUAGCCUGAAGUUUCCUCUACAGAACGAGGAGGAUAAAAAAUUUGCAUGGCGCUUGUGCACAGGAAAUGGGGAAGAAAAGGGCGGAAUCGAAAUGGCAAGGAAAUCAGCCAAAAACUUCACUUUUUUUAUUAGUUCGAUGAAAGGCGUUUUUAUUUGGAAUCCUCUGGAAUGCGAACAACUGUCGCGACGUCUUUCCAAAGAUACAAACAUAGAAAAGGUCGCCUUUUCAUCGGACGGUCGGUUUCUUGCAGCCGUAAGCCGUGGGACAUUAAUGAUUUGGUCAGUGGAGGAAUGGGUACAAAUAUACAAAGUCAACAACGGGAAUAUUGAAUUUGGCGGCACAAAGAAUAUAUCAUUUUUUACCACAAAAUCUACAAACCUUUACGAGAAGAAACUUAUAGUCAAUUACAUCGGUGGGACCAGCAGUUUACUUGAAUUCGCGUUCGAAGAAAGUAACAUUUCUGAUUAAGCCAGUGAAAUAUCAACAGAAUCCGAUUAAGAGGACGAUGAAGACGUGUACGCCAAUAGCGAAGACGUUAGUUCUCUAAAACGCCUAAUGUGGUCAUUAUUCCUCGAAAUAAAAACUAGUGAAUAACAAAAUGUCAUGCAAAAGACAUUUAUAUUAUAUGCCAUUUAUUAUUGCUUAUACAUGCCAUUUAAUAUUUCCAAAAUAAAAUAUGCUUCAAUGAUA